AUGGCGGGUGGAGCCACACGAAAUUCUAGGAAGUCAAGAAAGCGGAAGAAUUCAGAGGACAGCACAUCCGCCGCACCGUCGAGGACGCUGAAGCAGUACUCCAUUGACGAAAAGCUGGAGAUCAUUGAAUUUGCCAAGGGAAAUGGUAAUAGAGCAGCUGGACGAGAAUACAACGUGGCAGAAAGCUCCAUCCGAGAAUGGCGAAAGAAUGAGGAGAAGUUGAGGUGA